AUGCUCUCAAUAGGCCCGAUUCUGGCAUUCUUCGUACUUCGUUGCUGUGUUCUGAUAUCCGCGCAAGAGAAUCCCCUCUGCGAUGGCUGCAACCUUUGCACGAUAGAGGGUCUCUGUGGCAACCCAUACACAACGCUUCUCUCGCUUUCCAUCCGGGACAUCCAGCCAAACCAGAACACCACCCGCUGGGAAGUCCAACUUGACGACAUCCCCACGGAGCGCCAGUGCUACAACCUCCAGAUCCUAGCUGCACGUCCAGACUUGGCGACCUCAAACUUUUCAAGCUUGACCGUGACCAACGCAAACGACUUCGACUCCAGCGCGAAUUACUCCUAUAUCUUGUACCGCCAAGGGUACGAGUACAUCGAAGAAGGACGAUUUGGCGAUGUGGUGCUCCAGGCAUACAGCACCCAAGACUGCACAGAGGAUCCGGAUGCGCUGGCGGAGCCCGUGUACACCUGGAGCUGUGCGCCGGGUGUGGACUACAGUACUAGGGUCUGCAUACCCGUCAAAAGCUUCUCGAUAAGGCCGACUACCGAUGAAGAUAGAAGGGAUUCGUGCUUGAUUGCCAAUUUUGAGAGGCGGAGCAGUGCUGGGAAUGUCGUUGGGGUGGGGACGGCGGCGGUCCUGGCAGUGGCGGGUCUGGUAGUCACGAUGGGUGUGCUCUGA